AGAGAGGGGGCGAGCGACCGAGCGCCGCGUCGCGGGAGUGAGGUGCGUGCGGGCUGCAGCGCAGACCCCGGCCCGGCCCCUCCGAGAGCGUCCUGGGCGCUCCCUCACGCCUUCCCUUCAAGCCUUCUGUCUUUCCAUCCUCGUGAGCGGAGAACUGGGAGUGGCCAUUCGACGACAGGUUAGCGCGUUUGCCUCCCACGCCCCCAGCCUCGCGUCGCCGGCUCACAGCGGCCUCCUCUGGGGACAGUCCCCCUCCCGGUGCCGCCUCCGCCCUUCCUGUGCGCUCCUUUUCCUCCUUCCCUGUUAAAUAUUAUUUGGGAAUUGUUUAAUUUUUUUUUUUUUUUAAAGAGGUGGGGGGGAAUCGGAGUUGUGGAGAAGCAGAGGGACUCAGUGUGGUGUAAAGGAAUUCAUUAGCCAUGGAUGUAUUCAUGAAAGGACUUUCAAAGGCCAAGGAGGGAGUUGUGGCUGCUGCUGAGAAAACCAAACAGGGUGUGGCAGAAGCAGCAGGAAAGACAAAAGAGGGUGUUCUCUAUGUAGGCUCCAAAACCAAGGAGGGAGUGGUGCAUGGUGUGGCAACAGUGGCUGAGAAGACCAAAGAGCAAGUGACAAAUGUUGGAGGAGCUGUGGUGACAGGUGUGACAGCAGUAGCCCAGAAGACAGUGGAGGGAGCAGGGAGCAUUGCAGCAGCCACUGGCUUUGUCAAAAAGGACCAGUUGGGCAAGAGUGAAGAAGGAGCCCCACAGGAAGGAAUUCUGGAAGAUAUGCCUGUGGAUCCUGACAAUGAGGCUUAUGAAAUGCCUUCUGAGGAAGGGUAUCAAGACUACGAACCUGAAGCCUAAGAAAUAUCUUUGCUCCCAGUUUCUUGAGAUCUGCUGACAGACGUUCCAUCCUGUACAAGUGCUCAGUUCCAAUGUGCCCAGUCAUGACAUUUCUCAAAGUUUUUACAGUGUAUCUUGAAGUCUUCCAUCAGCAGUGAUUCAAGUAUCUGUACCUGCCCCCACUCAGCAUUUCGGUGCUUCCCUUUCACUGAAGUGAAUACAUGGUAGCAGGGUCUUUGUGUGCUGUGGAUUUUGUGGCUUCAAUCUAUGAUGUUAAAACAAAUUAAAAACACCUAAGUGACUACCACUUAUUUCUAAAUCCUCACUAUUUUUUUGUUGCUGUUGUUCAGAAGUUGUUAGUGAUUUGCUAUCAUAUAUUAUAAGAUUUUUAGGUGUCUUUUAAUGAUACUGUCUAAGAAUAAUGAUGUAUUGUGAAAUUUGUUAAUAUAUAUAAUACUUAAAAAUAUGUGAGCAUGAAACUAUGCACCUAUAAAUACUAAAUAUGAAAUUUUACCAUUUUGUGAUGUGUUUUAUUAAUUUGUGUUUGUAUAUAAAUUGUGAGAAUUAAAAUAAAAUGUUAUCUCAUUGCAAAAAUA